GUGUGACAUUUAUAUAACUAUAUACUACUACUACUAAUACUACUAGAAGUGUUUUUUAAACUACUGUUUUCGGUAAACUUUGAGGUUAGUAACCUGACAAUAAUAAACAAUGAAAGAAUAUUCUUACAUUUGGCGGUUAUUUACAACAUAUGGUAUUCCAUUAACAGUACCAUGCAUUAUUUAUUACUUUAUCGAAUUAAUUCGAAGAAAGAAGAGAAAAAAUUCCCUUGAUGGAAAGGUGGUGCUGAUCACUGGUGCUAGUUCAGGUUUAGGUGAAGAGUUAGCCCAUGUUUUCUACAGCUGUGGUUGUAAAGUUAUUCUAGUAGCCAGAAGAAACGAAGAAUUAAUUAGAGUAAAAAACUCAUUAAUUCAAACACAUCCCAAUAUUGGAAAAUAUCCUCCAAUGACAAUAUCACUAGAUGUCACAAAAUUUGACCUAUUGAACGCAGAAGUUGACAAAAUAUUAGCUAUUUAUGGUCGGUUAGACAUUUUGAUCAACAAUGCCGGUAUUUCCUACCGAGGAAGAGUCGAUAAAACAACGAUCGACGUAGACAUGAAAGUAAUGAUGAUAAAUUAUUUUGCUCAAAUCGCUCUAGCGAAAGCUGUCAUUCCCUCGAUGAUAAAGCAAAGGUUUGGACACAUUGUCUGUGUAAGUAGUGUACAAGGAAAAAUCAGUAUUCCUUACCGGUCAGCUUAUGGAGCUUCGAAACAUGCUCUUCAAGCCUGGUGUGAUUCUGCUAGAGCUGAGUUAAAUAAGGAUUGCAUCAAAGUAACUGUUGCAAGUCCAGCGUACAUCAAAACGGCUAUAUCCCUCAACGCAGUCACAGAAGGCGGUAAAUGCUAUGGUAAAAUGGACAAAUCAACUGAAGAAGGCUACGAACCUAAAUACGUUGCUAACGAAAUAUUGUUAGCAGUUUUGCGAGAACAAAACGAAUUUAUGACAGCUCCUAUUUUAUAUAAAUUUGUUUGUGUAAUAAGGAGCUUAUUUCCAUCAGUUUAUUUUAAAAUUAUGAAUAUAAGAGCGAAAAAACUAGCCAAAGAUUACUAAAAUAAUAUUUUAUGACAUUAUCUGGAAAUAUUUGUCAUCAAUAACGUCGCCUAUUUCUUGAUUUUAUCGGUAAAAAAAAUAAAUAAUAUUUUUCAAGAUUAUAUUAUUAUCAAUGUCACUAAAAAA